ACGUGUCAAUCGAUGACUCAAUUUUUUGUUAAUAGGAUUUGUUUUCUUGCCCGGGUCGGUGAAGUCUGUGUUGUUGGCAGUCGUUCUACGUUCUUCUUGCAGUUUUAUUUAUCUCUUCCUUUAUCUCCCUUUGUAACAAUCUAUAUACAACUUUCAAUCUAAUAAUAAAACGACGUUCCUUUGUGUUAACCAUGGCGGAUUUACGCAAAAGGGUUCAAAACAAAGGUACUGAUUUGGACACGGAGACAGAAAAUGAAGGAGCCAAUCAAGAUAGCGAUGCAAAUCUUGAUUUGGACUCUGAGGAUGACAAAUCAUUGGGCAAAAAGGUAGACCUUUCAAGUACUAUCCCAAGUGGUACUGAUAAGGCCCCCGAAAUGUUGGAUGCCACCUUAUCUGCUUUGCCACCAAGAUGGAGAAAUUGGGUGAUUCGAGGUAUAUUCACCUGGGUUAUGAUCUUUGGAUUUGCCCUUAUGAUCUAUGCUGGACCAUUGGCCCUAAUGCUAGUGGUAUUGGCAGUGCAAGUGAAAUGUUUUGCUGAGAUUAUCAACAUUGGUUAUGCUGUCUACAAAAUUCAUGGUUUGCCAUGGUUCCGCUCUCUUUCUUGGUACUUUCUGAUCACCUCCAACUACUUUUUCUAUGGAGAGAGCCUGGUUGAUUACUUUGGAGUGGUUGAUAAUCGAACAGAAUUUUUGCGAGCGUUGGUUAAAUACCAUCGCUUCAUAUCGUUCUCCCUUUACAUAGGAGGUUUCGUGUGGUUCGUUUUGUCUUUAGUAAAACGCUACUACAUGAAGCAAUUUUCGCUCUUUGCCUGGACUCAUGUCGCUCUUUUGAUAGUUGUUACUCAAAGCUACUUAAUUAUCCGCAAUAUUUUCCAAGGGCUAAUCUGGUUCAUCGUACCCGUUUCAAUGAUUGUCUGCAAUGACGUUAUGGCGUACAUGUUUGGCUUCUUCUUCGGACGUACUCCGCUCAUCAAACUCUCACCUAAAAAGACCUGGGAAGGUUUCAUCGGAGGCGGCUUUGCUACCGUUUUAUUUGGACUGAUGAUUUCGUACGUCUUGUGCCAAUACCCUUUCUUUGUUUGUCCUAUCGAAUUCAAUGAAGAAAUCGGUAGAAUGACUCUCGAUUGUGAGCCUUCACCCCUUUACCGUCCUCAGGAAUACUCAGUCCCUGCAUCCUUAGCUCCUGUCGUCCGAAUGAUCACCGGCAAGAAUACCGUUAUGAUUAUUCCAUUCCUUUUCCAUUCUCUAUCGAUGUCGGUCUUCAGUUCAGUCAUCGGACCUUUCGGAGGUUUUUUCGCAAGCGGAUUUAAGCGCGCUUUCAAAAUCAAGGAUUUUGGUGAUAUCAUCCCUGGUCAUGGUGGCAUUAUGGACCGCUUCGAUUGUCAAUAUCUAAUGGCCACGUUUGUUAACGUUUACAUUUCUUCUUUCAUCCGCAUGGAUUCGCCACAAAAACUUUUGCAGCAGAUCUAUUCUUUGAAACCGGAACUGCAAUUGGAGCUUUUUACUGCUUUGCGAGACUCUUUAACUGCCAGGGGCAUUUUGCAAUUGACGGCUCCUUAAAUAAGAAAAAUUGGUUUAUCGUCGUGGCUGGAUUUUAACAAAACGUGGUCGGGUAAGAAGUAAACUCAUUCUCAGACAAUACUUUCGGCAUUCUAAAUCGAAAAUAUAACUUGAAUGUUAAUUAUAAAUUAUAGUAGGCUGUUUUAGAUGAAAAAAAGGUGGUUGUGGUGGGUUUAAUUGAUUUAUGAACAACUAUUUUGGGGGGAAAUGUUCUGUGUGUAGAAGGUUUAGCAUUUUUCGUGUAUUCCGUUCACCUUCUAAGGAUUUGCUCCGAUUUCGUUAAACUAUUCUAUCUUCAUUGUCAUGGAUUUUCCCUCUAGUCAUUUUCAGAGACUCACACCGAAUGUUCUUCCAAUUCAAUUUAUUUUUUUUUUAUCCCAGUAGAAUUUUUUGUCGUUCUACUUACCUCUUAUCCUCCCAAAACAUCUUGUGUGUAAUUCUUCGUUUUUGAUGUUUAUAUAUGAUACAACUCUAUUGUACUGUCUAGUUCUCUGACUCUCGUAUUUUCAUACGAGUUCAAUAAAAGGGCAACAAGUGGCAACAGGCGAAUAUGGA